AUGCCCCAAUCAGGACAUCGGCGGUUUUUGCGACCGAGAAUUAAAAUGGUUGGAUUUGAAGAGAAGUAUGAAAGUUCACUGAAAGAUAUCGAAAGCUUAGAAAUCAACCUGAACAACAACGUGAUAAACGACACUAGUUGCAUCAAACAGUGUCCAAGGUGUCUGAUUUACAUCAGAAAUACGGAUCAUGUUACAAAGAUAAAGUGCCUGGCUUGCGAUUCCGAUUUUUGUUGGGAGUGCUUACAAAUUUUUACGAUAGAAAAAAAGAGAGAUAACGACGAUGAUGGAACAUUUUGUCAAAAUAUUCACUGCGGGAAUAAGAAGACCUUGAAAUCUUACAAAUGUGUACUUUAA